CGGCAAGGAACAACUUCCUACGACUUCGAAGCACACACUCGAGUCACGUCAAGAAGGGCAAGAUGGCUACCAUGACGGCGACGGAGACGAGAACGUUGGGCGGCGGUGGUGAUAUGGCAGGCACUGCGACUCGAAACGACCCCUUGUCAGCACCUGCGCUCGCAAAUUUGGGGCCAGGCUUCCCCGUCGCUCAUCCAACAAUCUCGCAUUGGCAGGAGCACGCCCGAGACUCGCCGUGGCACGAUCACGUCCAUUCGACAGAGCUGAUGAGCAAGCAGCCUGAUGACGUCGAACUGACGAUUGUAGGAAGCGGUAUCUCUGGCUGCUUAGCCGCCUACUUCUACCUCAAGCAACGCCACGAAGAGGGCCUCCCAGGUGACGGUGCUCGCGGCAGAGUGCUCCUCCUGGAGGCGCGGCGAGCCUGCUCAGGAGCAACAGGUCGAAACGGCGGCCACUGUCGCCCUGAUAGCUACGCCGGCUUUCUGGCCUACUCGAAGCUCUUCUCACCCUCCGCAGCGCAUGACAUCCUCUGUAACGAGCGCGAGACCUUCGAGCUGAUGCGGGACGUCGUCCAGGAAGAGGGUCUGGCGGAGGAGUGCGAAUGGUGGCAAGGCAGGACAUGGGCCCUUUUUCUAGAUGUAGAGCGUAAAGCAAGAGCUCGCAAAGCCUUCGAAGCAUACCGAGGCGCAGGGCAUUUGACGGAGGGCGACGGACCUGGACAGGUGCAAUGGAUAGAAGACGAGACGCAGGCGAGGGAGAUGAGCAGGGUACAGGAGGCCGUAGGCGGGGCCACCUUCGAGGCUGGCUGUCUAUACCCGCUCAAGUUCUGCCACGCCAUCCUACGGAUCUGCGCGGAGCGGUAUGGACUAGAGCUCUACACUCAUACGCCUGUUACGGCCAUCCACCGCGGUCGCAGCGACGAGGCUACUUCAGCCCGGUGGACUGUCGCCACACCUCGCGGCACCAUCUCGACCGGCAAACUGCUUCUAGCCACGAAUGGCUAUACGACCGCCCUCUUACCAAGCAUGAACUCCUGGCUCGCCCCGCACAGGGCGCAAUGCUCCUCCGUACGUCCCUCAGCCAACUUUCAUGCCUCUUCUCCUGGCCGGCUAGAUCGCACCUACUCUCUGGGCCGUCGAGAAGGGUCAGACUACGAAUACCUCACUCAGCGCCCGGACACGGCAGGAGGCUACUUUAUCCUAGGCGGAGGCCACCCAUUUGCGUCAAAGGAAAGUCAGGUGGACACCUGGGACGACAGCGAGGUGAUGCCUACUAUCUCGAAGCAUCUAAGCUCCUACUGCGGGCGGGUAUUCGACGACUGGAAGCUCGACGACGGUGGUGUAGGUGCAGUAGAGAUGAUCUGGACGGGCAUUCAAGGGUACAGCAGAGACUCGGUACCUACGGUAGGCGAGGUGCCUGCCUCUCUGCUGCCUGGCGCCACUGAUCGACGCCUAGGAGAUGAAGACCCUACGACUCAGCGUGCAUCUGGGAGAACCAACCUGUACAUCUGCGGCUCACACCACGGUCACGGUAUGGCUCGAGCUGCUACGUGCUCGCGCGGCAUCGCGAGGGAGAUGGCGGGCGAGGCGUCGCUGCUCUCGACCGAGGCCAGCGAUGAAGAUUGGGCUCAACUGACAGGCUUGCCUGCUGUCUUCCGAUGGACAGCGACGAGGGCGCAAAGGAGGGACGUCGAUUGUCGAUACGACUUCUAGACGCGGCGUGGCUUGAUACCACCGAAUCAGAUGCUGUCUGAGCCCAGGUCUCAUCGCAAUACAUGUGUCAGCGCCCAAACCUCUGUCUCGAUCCAAUCUCACCUACCCCACGCUCUCUCGCUCCCAGCCAGCAAGAUCAUAGCGCCCACCGUGGUAAUAUCGCCACCAGCUUGACCUUGACGGCGUCAAUGCUCCGCUGCUCCGCUCUCGCGAUUGGUGAGCAGGCACCGCCUGUCGUGUGAUUGAGCGUGCGGGGCUCACCUGAUGGGCAACGGAUUCAGCGAGGGUGAGCUUCACGGCUCAUCUAGC